AUGGCAUCGAGGCAGGAAGUUCCUUCUGAUGUGCCUACUGCUGAAGCAUGGGAAUCUCACCGAGAGGAAAUCAAAAGGCUCUAUCGACAAGAAAACAAGACCAUCAAGCAGGUUCGGCAGGUUAUGAAAGAGCAGCAUGACUUCUGCGCUUCAGACAGAAUGUACCAGAUACGUAUUCAUAGGUGGGACUUUGACAAGAAGUUGAAGUCGGCAGAGGUGGCGUACGCUCUGCAAAAAAUCGAGUCGCGCCGCAGCAUGGGCAAAGAUACAGAGAUUCGCAUUCGAGGAAAAACUUUUUCUGAGGAGAGACUCAGGAGAUAUGUUGAAAGGAGCAAGCUGGUCCCCGAGGAGGAUGCAUCAACGCCGCCAGCGGUCACUGCCCGAACUCCACCUCCUGAAGAGGAUUCCCCUUUGAUGAACAGCAGUCCCGCAACCUCUGCCUCCAAUACGCCUACAUUUUCUGGAACGCCUCUUGAUGAAGAAAGUAGAACUGCAAGGUUUUCCGGCUCCGAACCACCACCAACCAAGAAAAGAUCAUGGACCAGCCCACCUAGGAUCAGAUCACACCUGUCAACUCCCACCUCUAUGGGCACGUCGCAAGAUGCAUCAUACCCAUUACCGCGAUUCCUGGCUGCUUCGGCUUCGACGUCGUCCUUACCAAAUACCUUUCUUUUACCACGAGCAAUAUCGUCUACUAACCUGCUGACUCACAUCGAUCAUUACUACAAAGAGUAUUUUGCCUCUCCUCGUUGGGCAUCAUGGACAGGCAACAAUCUGUACAUUGACGAGCUGCAGGGUUCUAGCUUUCCAAGCCUUAGCCCAGUCUUCACUCCCGGUAUAUCGUUCAGACCGUCAUGGCAAGCAGAUCCAGCUUUUGUUGUCCAUUCCAUUCAAACCGCAUGUCAGCUAUUUCGUUCCGCUAGAUAUACACUUGCGCGGCGCUGCCUAGAUCACGCUAAUAGUCAGAUCAAGGCUUUGUUGCUUGAACAGGGUCCCUUGCUCCUUUCAUGCUUGCUCUCUGCGGUGUCUUUGCUCGAUUUCCUUAGAGCAGAGAUGCCGCCGGACACUCACCGACCUGAUGCUUUGAGACUCUUCCUGGAGUUCGUAUCCGAAAUGGCAGAGACAAAGUUGCGCUCCGAUCAUCCUAUCGCCCAGCUCUGCUCCUCGUUUGUCCAAUUGCGGACUGAUCACCGUUCAGUUGCUCAAGCGGCUCUACGGAGAAUCAUGGAACACUUUCGCAAUGGAGCUGGACCUCAACAUCCAUAUUACAUUCGACUAGAGUAUCAAUAUGCAUGGCUCCUGAUAUGGCAAGGUCGAUUCGAUGAAGCAAGAGCUGCACUCGAGGGUUUUCUAGAUCCCGUCGAAUUCCGCAGUCAUUACGACAAACCCGCAUCUCAUGCUUCACGUUACCUCCUUGCUCAGACUUAUAUCGCACUUUAUAGAUUUCAGGAAGCAGAGCGCUGCUUUCAUCUGAUCAUUGAACAAGCAAAAGAGCGAUUUGGGGAAAGUCAAGCCCAUUUACUGACGUUCGAGGCCUGGAGAAUGCUCGCCGUCAUAGCCGAUACACAGGAGAGAUUCGAUGCAAGAAGCAGAUGGGAAGAAGAAGCUUUGGAAUGUGGAGAAAUGGCUUUUGGACCGCAUGAUCCCCGAGUGAUGCAUCUACAACGAGUGAUAUCUGGGCUGGAAGCACGGACAGCUCCAGAAAAGCGGUGGCACUUUAUCUGGGCGUUUCCUCCGGUUGAAGAUUGGAAGGUUACUACUUAG